UCAAUUCCACGUCUUUGGAAUGUCAUUUGAGACACACUGCUGGUACGACAAUGGGCCACACGUUCUGUGUUUCUUUCUACCAUAGUUGAAUUCCACUUGGGAUGGGGCGCCGUUGUUUUAUAUGGUGAAAUACAAGCGAAACGAGGUAAACGGGGCAAUUUGUAGAGCUCUAUAUCUUGGAUCCGCAACGUUGUGUGAUGCAUCUUGUGUUCGCUUGUUGAGUGGCCACGAGAAGAAGUCAUGGGAAAGCAAAAUUUCAGUGAUGAAAGAGCUUCCAGACUGAUUUGUGAUACAAACAAUUAUUUACAAAUCCCAAGGGGUUAUAUUAGACCCAAAAGUGAGAGACCCAAGUUGAAUGAGGUGGCUUUGUCUCACUCUAUUCCUAUGGUCGAUCUCAGUGACCUCCAUGGAUGCUCUAGGCAGUCCGUGAUUGACCAAAUCCGACGUGCUUGUAAAGAGGAUGGCUUUUUUCAGGUUGUAAAUCAUGGUGUGCAAGAAAAGGUAAUAAAGAGCACGCUGGACGUGGCAAAAGAGUUCUUCACGAUGCCUGCUGAAUACAGGCAGGGACUCUAUUCUGAUGACCCAUCUCGUCCUGUACGUAUGUCAACGAGCUUCAACGUUCAGAAAGAAGAAGUGUACAACUGGAGAGACUACUUGAGGCACCAUUGUUAUCCUCUAGAAGAUUAUAUAAACGAGUGGCCCUCAGAGCCUCGUACUUACCGAGAAGUUGUGGGCAAAUACUGCACAGAGGUAAGAGCUCUGGUACUAAACUUGCUAGCUGCCAUAUCGGAGAGCCUGGGACUUGAACCUGACUUCCUGAACAAAGCCCUCGGAAAGCAUGGUCAACACAUGGCCUUAAACUAUUAUCCUCGCUGCCCAAAUCCUGAGCUGACAUUUGGCUUACCAGGUCACACAGAUCCCAAUGUUCUGACAGUGCUUCUUCAAGGCAACGUGUCAGGCCUACAAGUCUUCAAGAAUGGACAAUGGUGUGCAGUGGAACCCAUACCCAAUGCCUUUGUCGUCAAUGUUGGGGAUCAAUUACAGGUUUUGAGCAAUGGGAUAUACAAAAGUGUAAUUCACCGUGCAGUAGUGAAUUCCACUGAAGCAAGGAUUUCCAUUCCAACUUUUUACUGCCCUUCACCUGAUGCAGUAAUUGAACCUGCUGCUCCCUUAGUCACGAAAGAUAACCCUGCUCAAUACAGAAAAUACACCUAUGCAGAAUACUAUCAGAAUUUCUGGAGCAAAGGCCUGGAAGCGAAAUCAUGCUUAAAAUGUUUCACAGUUGAUAAUAAUGUUGCAGUGACUCAAACCAAGAAUUAACCACAGUUGUACUAUCUACUUUUAGUCAUAUUUAAUGUCUCAGACAGUUCAUUUAAUCAA